ACAUAACCUUCCUCAUCCUCCUCCAGUAGUUUUCCGCCUAGCCUGAUCGUGAUCUGCUGUUGCUAGGCAAAAACAGGCGAAACCAGGAGUCGGAUCGGAGCGCCCUUGAGUUUGACACGGCCGUGUGUGGGAUAACAUACAUCACGUUAGAGACUUGCCCAGCACCUCCAACUCCUGGUCGUCAGUGACGGGACUCUCAAGAACGUGUCGAUAGAACAGGGAGGCGCCAGUCUUCUCUUGGCUCUGCUUGUCUUUUCCCGCCACAUUCUCAUUUAAACAUACGAGAACCAUGCCAGCGGUUACCACAUCCUUCGCAAAAUCACUCGCGCCAUCUCGCCUUUCGUCAUUUAGUUCUGCUGAGCUACAAGGCUCUAGCCAUGACAGGGUCCAACUUCCAAACCUCUGCGAUAGGCUCGGCCCGAGCCUGAGACUCAGAUGGAACGGUCAAGCCGCCAGCAGCGGAGCAGGCGACGAGUCACGAGGUCGCGUCGCGGGAAUCUCGAGGGUGGCGGUUCGGUGCAUGGCGCAGCCGCGGCGCGUGCAGAUGGUGGCGCAGCAGAUCCACCGCGAAGUUGCGUCGAUGCUUCUCAACGACACGACGCUGCGCGCCGCCGUUCAACCCGAGCACGCUCUGGGCGCCGACAAGUUCAUGUCGGCUAUUGCGACGAUCAGCGACGUGGAAUUGUCGGCCGACUUGCAGGUGGCAAAGGUGUAUGUGUCAGUAUAUGGCGACGAGCGCGGGCAAGUCGUGGCAAUGGAGGGGCUGAGGGCCAAGGCGGCAUACGUGCGAUCAGGGGUGGGCCGAAAGAUGAAGCUGCGGUUCGCUCCGGAAGUGAGGUUCAUUCAAGAUGACUCCAUGGAGCGAGGGAGUCGGGUUCUCUCCAUCCUCUCGCGCCUCAAAGCAGAGCAGGAGGCUCGGGAACGGGGGGAGCCUCUCCCGUCGAACCUGUCUCCCGUGGCUGUUGGUGCGUAUGACGAUGAGGAGGAAGAGGAGGAGGAGCUCGGGAGGGCAGUAAGGGCGCAGAGGAAGCCGAAGAAGGGGCAGGCGGAGGGCAUUGUGGGGGGGAAGGGGGGGAAGAGUGGGCGGGUGCAGGGGAAGGGGGGAAAGAAGGGGGUGGGGAGUAGGUGGGAGGGGGAUGAUGGGGUGAGCAUUUCGGAUUUUGGGGAAGACGAGAAUGUUUUUUUGGUUUGAGGAAAGUGUGAUUGACGGUGAUAGUGCUGAAGGGGAACUGUAAGGAACUAGUCAUUCCUUACUGAGGCUUGCUACAGGGCGUACGACUCGAACUGUCCCGAACCAGCGAUAGGGUUCCAGACCUUUCAGUUUGAGCCUCCUGGGCCUUUCCGGACCUCGCUUUGACACAUCAAAGCCCUUAGACACUUUUCCCAGACCUUCCGAUCAUACGUCCAGGAUUGCCCUAGGUCUCCUAUAUAUUGUAUUGAGAAAGCUUGCUUUCUUGUCCUUUGCGAGAGGCAUCGUUCUCAUUUCAAGUGGGCUAGGUACAAUACUCGCUUACUAGCUUAUAAGAAUCUAAACAUGCACACAUCAUGA